GAAACAAGAAAAGAAGAAGAUGAGAGUGCUAGUGGCGAUUGACAAUAGUGAAGAGAGCUUCAACGCUCUAAAAUGGAUCCUUGAUUAUCUCCUCAGGCAGGAAUCUCAUACAAUGGAGGAGGAGAAGGAGCCUUGUACAAAGCUGAGUCUUGUACAUGUAAUGGAGCCAUUCCCUCAAUACGCCUAUCCUGAUACUCACGUGAUAGAGUCAGCAACUCGGGCGCAAGCGCAAGAGGCAGCACGCAUACUGGCGCGUGCCUCUGAAAUGUGCAAAGACAAACUGAUCAAAGCAGAAACUCUAAUUCUUGAGGGUGAUCCAAAGAACAUGCUGUGUGAAGCGACAGAAAAAAUGAACAUCGAUCUUCUUGCAGUUGGUAGCCGUGGACUGGGCCAAAUAAAAAGGGCGUUUCUGGGAAGCGUAAGCGACUACUGUGCCCACCAUGCGAAAUGCCCUUUGCUUAUUGUGAAGCCUACUAAGGAGUCUCAUAAAUAGAAUUUGGUUCAAGAAGUUGAUGCAAGUUUAAGUAUAAGAAGUUGCUGUAAGUAUGGGAUGUGCAUUGUGCAAUAAGGUAGAAGUAAAGGAAGUGCUUCCUCCCCCUUCUCUCUGUUGUAGAAUAUGUAGAUAGUUCAUGUCAUAAAAGCUUGCAAGUAUGGGAUGUGCCUUGUGCAAUAAGGUAGAAGUAAAGGAAGUGCUUCCUCCCCCUUCUCUCUGUUGUAGAAUAUGUAGAUAGAUAGUUCAUGUCAUAAAAGCUUGCAAGUAUGGGAUGUGCCUUGUGCAAUAAGGUAGAAGUAAAGGAAGUGCUUCCUCCCCCUUCUCUCUGUUGUAGAAUAUGUAGAUAGUUCAUGUCAUAAAAGCUUUUAAGAAUCAUUUUUUUUGUUCC